AUGGCCAAGGCGGUGGUUUGGAUGCUACUAACCACCACCAUCAUCGUCUUCUGCUUCCUUGUUCCUAAGACACAAAACGGGACUCAAUCCAUCGAGGGUCUCAUAAGCCGCCGCCUUGGACGCAGGCUUGAAAUGCCCGUGUUUGACCCUCUUGUGACCCGAGUCGAGAGGUUGUCUCAUGAAAAAGAAGCCAAUACGAAGACCGCGAAGGCUGCAAAGGAGGAGCAAGAUGAUAUGUUUGAGGAAUAUUUUGCGCAGGAGAGGAGAGUUAACACGACGUUGAGGAUAAAGUUCUUGUUUCCUCUGCUCGACGCAUCACCAAGAGAUGGGUUUGUGAGCUUGAAAGAGCUUCAGACAUGGAUGAUGCAGCAAACAGAGGACAACAUGGGUUACAGAACCGCCAAUGAGCUCGAGCUACAAGAUAAGGACAAGGAUGGUGUCGUAACUUUUGAAGAGUACUUACCUCAAUUCUCUAAGCAAGACAUUGAGAAAAACGAAAAGGGUCACGGUGAAGCUGGUUGGUGGAUGGAGCAAUUCAACAAUUCAGAUUUUGAUCAUAAUGGCUAUCUCGACAUUGAAGAGUUCAACAAUUUCUUGCACCCGGAAGACAGCCGAAACGGAGACAUUCAAAGAUGGGUUCUAAAUGAACGAAUGAAGGGCAUGGACACGAACGGGGAUGGGAAGCUAGAGUACAAAGAGUUUGUAGAGAACGCAUACGAAAUGUACAAAGAGUUUGCAAAGUUUGAGACGGAGGAUGAGGGUGUGCCGAUGGCUCAGCUUCUGUUCGCAGAGCUGGACAAAGACAAAGACAGGUCCCUCGUCGCCGAUGAGCUUCGACCCAUUUUGCAUUAUCUUCAACCUGGUGAGCUGAGUUACGCCAAAUUCAUUUUAUUCUUAAGAUCUAUAGAUUGCUUAAUAUAUGCCGAUGAUGAUAAAGAUGGUAAGCUAUCACUUGAAGAGAUGUUGAACCACGAAGAUGUAUUUUACAAGGCAGUUCAUCACGAAGACUUGGACGACGAAGACUAUUUUGAUCAUGAUGAACUCUAA